AUGUGGGCGAGAAAGAAAAAACUUGUGGCUUGUGAUCGCUAUGGCUUCCUGUCCCAUUGUCAACUUUUGGCCUGCUGCCCAGUAUCAUACGAUGUUGUUGGCAGUUUGGGCCUGUUGGCAGCCUCGGCCUGGUACGCCAUUUUGGUGGCCAACGAAGAACGUUUGAUGGGAUUCAAGUUCCAUUUGCCGGUUGAAGGGUUCGAACAACACCCGUUUUUCAUGAUCUGGAACAUGGGGUUGAUUUUGUGGGCUGGGAUGACGCUCAUGAGAACAGCAAACUUCAUGCGUUCCGAGUUUCUCACCACGUUUCAACAGCAAUUGUUCCACCUGCCUGGGUUGAUUGGCCUGACAGUGAUGGGGAUUGAAUUCACAUGGGCUUUGGUGCCCCAACUUGACCCUUGGAUUUGUUUGUUGUGGCUGCUUCCGAUGAUUGCGUUGCUUGUGGUUCAGACGAGUUAUAAUAGAAAUCAAUUCAGCGUCAGCAGAAUUAAAAACGUGCUGCCCAUCAUCAGCGAGGUGCUGGUCAUCAUGUACUCCAUGGUCUUGUGUAUCUUGGGAUUUGGCAGAAAGCGGCCUUUAACUUCAGUUUCCACCCUGGUUUUAUUGGCAGCGCAUCAAAUGCAGAAGAACAAGAUGGAAAACACAAACUUUCUUGGGGUCAUGCUUUGUUUGAGUCUGAGCAAUGUUUUGUAUGCAAUUGCUCUGUCAUCUGGAGCCUAUGACUCAUUUUCUGACAAACUAUUUUGGGACUCCCUCCUUGACUGGGAUAAACUCAUAGAUGCUCUGAAUCCAUGAAACAUCUUUCUGCUGUUGUAUGUGCAAUUUCUCAAAAUAAAACGCUUUUAUUUCUUAAUACA